AUGGCCCAUUCGUCUAUUGAGUGCACCACAACUGCUCCAUCGGUUACAAAUUGUGUUGUGGAAGAACCGCGACCAUCAAGAGAGUCGAUACUAGAGAAACUUAUCCGAUUCUUCCGAAAUCGUCCUAGUGUCGAUUCUCUCAAAGAGAAAGGAAUUUAUAAGCAUGAACCUGUAUUCGGCAGCACAUUAUCGGCUAUAUGCCAGUUGGAAAAUAGCCUAGUGCCGAAGUUUAUUCGUGUAGUCACAGAAUUGAUUGAGAGCAGAGGAAUGGAGGUCGAUGGGCUGUACAGAGUGAGUGGGAACUUGUCAGCGGUGCAACGAAUUCGUUGUCAAGUGGAUCAAGAUAAAUUCAAUGCACUGGUAAAUGAAGAAGACGUUCAUGUAUUGACAGGCGCACUAAAGUUAUUUUUUCGUGAACUUGCAGAGCCAGUGUUUCCACCUUCAAUGACAAAAGACUAUCUGAACGCCAUUAAGCUGCAAAAUCCGAGGCAGCGUUUCAAACGGUUCGACGAGCUCCUCCGAAUGUUACCGGCAGAAAAUCGGGAAACCCUAAAAAUGUUGCUACGGCAUCUGCAAAGGGUAGCUUCACAUUCGGACAAGAACCGAAUGCAAGUGCACAAUCUUGCCAUAAUGUUUGGUCCGACGUUGUUCAAUAGCGGAGAUGAAAAGACACCGGCAAAGAAAAAGGACGCUGGAAGAAAGAAGAAGGACCACAAGAAGGACGAAACGCCAACGGUGCAGUCGAAUUCGCACUUGGCCUUCAAUAUGAUUAUGCAAGGACAAAUCGUAGAAUACCUGCUCAUAGAGCACAGCAAAUUCGAAGCGUUGCAGGGUCCAGUGCAGACCCAUCCACAUUGA